AUGGGUGCCCCCAAGCAGAACUGGACCUCAGAAAAAGAAGCUGCGCUUAAGGCUGGUGUCAAAAAGCAUGGUGCAGGUAAGUGGCUUACCAUCCUUAAAGAUCCAGAGUUUAGCGGUCUGUCGUAUCUGCGCUCAAAUGUGGACCUCAAGGACAAGUGGAGGAGCAUGAGUGUCAUAGCAAAUGGACGGGGUUCUCGAGAGAAGGCUAGGUUGGCACUUGAAAGAAUGCACCAGAGUUCUAAAGAUGAUGAUAGUUCUAUGGCUCUUGCUCAUUUAGACCAGAGCAAUGAAGAACUUCUCGAUGAGCAGCCUCUUGCAGUUUCUAUGGGUUCCCCUCCACAGAUUGGUGCCUCCAAACUUUAUAAGACUCCUUUCUGUUAA